AUGGCGAAGAAAGGCGGCCCCACCCUCUUCAACCCCAAGCCCAGCCGCCCGGUGCCGACCAAGAAGCCCGCCCCGGCGGUGCACACGCCCUCCCCGGGGCCGUCGCAGACGCAGUCGACGCACUCCGCGCCCGGCACGCCCAGGAAACCGGGCGUGGGCCAGCCCGCCGCCGCGCGGCGGCCCGCCCCACUCCCCCCCUCCUCCUCCACCACCUCUGCGCCGACGACGGUGCCGGAGGGCGUGCCGACGGAGUACAGGCUGAUGUCGUCGAAGCUGAACGGGUGGAAGUACGACGUGAUGAAGUUCGACAGCCGGAAGCACCUGAACCGCAAGGACCCGCACCGGCAGGACGCGGCGGGCGCGGGCGGCGCUGGGGCCGGGGCGGUCACGGCGAUGGUCGGGUCGGACGGGAAGCACGUCAUCGGCGCGGACGGGAAGAUCGUCAUGGUCGACGCGCAGGGCCGGCCGGUGCGCGCGGGUGACGGCGGCGGGGAGGGCAAGGAGGGGGACAAGGACAAGGACAAGAAGAAGCGGUUUCAGAAGAAGACGAAGCAGGUGUUCAAGGUGCCCGAGGCGACGCGGCAGCUCCGCCGCGAGGAGAAGUUCCCGUGGGUGAUCGAGGACGGGCUGGGGCAGGAGACGUGGGUCGCGUCGAUGGAGGAGGUGUCGAAGAGCGAUAUGUACGCGAUGUUCAUGCCCGCGGCGAACGACAUCUUCAAGUUCGUGCCCGCCCAUCGGUGGUACAAGUUCCACAAGAAGCCGAGCCACCAUGUGCCGACCCUCGAAGAGGCGGAGUCCUUGAUGUCGAAGCUGCAGAAACGUAAAGAUGCGAGUCAAUGGACGCUUCGGCAGAAGACAGAACAGGCCGCUGCGAGCGGUCGUCACUGGUUCACAGCGGGGUCAGAGCCUCGGGCCAGGGGUCGCAAGCUCAGGACGGAGACUUUCGCCGAUGACGAGGACAGGAUGGAGCACGACGAUAAAGAGGAUGAAGAGACGAAGGAGCUCGAGGAGCGUCUCAAGAGAGAAUACAAAAACGCGAAUAAGCUGUUUGACGGCUUCGAUGCUGACACCGACGAAGAGGAAGACGACGACAAACUGACGGGCGCAGGCAAGAACCUGCAGAAGACGCUGAAGAAGCUCGAGAAAGGAGGUGGCUAUGACGAGUCCGACGACGAGAAGAACCCCUACGCUAGCUCGGAGGAGGAAGAGGAGGAGGAAGAGGCCCCACAAGUGCACACUGGCCCUGCGAUCCUACCUCCCGAACCCAAACCGGGCAUGCGCCCACCGGCACAAGUUCCACCCGCUACGCCGCUACGCCCGCUGGGACGAAGCCGGCAACGAAUGGAACACCAUUGGCCACUCCCAAAGGUCCCGAAACCGAAGGCGGGCAUCCCAAGCCGUGCCGGAAGUCCACUGGCAAGCCCCACCGGGGCGUCUCCGCCCACGAGCCGGCCCACGAGCCCGCACGGAGGACGGGGGAAUACGACCGGGCCCGACGGUGCGCCUCGACAGAAGAAGCGGAAGGCGCCACCCCCGGCGGGGGAGCUGGAGGACCGGAUGGUGAUAGAGUGGCUGAGGAGCACGGAGAACGCGACGACGCGGGAGUGCAUCCAGCACUUCAACCGAUACCUGACGGACGAGACGAAGAAGACGCGGUUCACGGCGCUGGUGAAGGAGAUCGCACAGCUUUCGAACGGGCACCUCGUGCUCAGGCCUGCGUAUCGGGGGGCAGUUGCCGCCGCGGCCGCGUAG